UGGUUUCUAAUUUGUUUGUCAAAACAAUCAUCACUUAAGAGAGCAAUGUGGUCAUUCGAUAGUAUAAAAUAACUAGUGAUGAUGUGACGAUUAGCCAUCUAAAUGUGUUAUUAUUAUAUGAUAUUGAAAUUCUUGAGUUAGACUUUAGGUAGUUAGUGGCCUACCUGCUUUGGAAUCUCCCCUGCUUUGGCACUUCUUCAACAGCACCCUUUGAAUUUUUCUUCUCUUCCUUUCCUCCUUUUCCAUCAUUUUUUAUUUGGUUUUUUCUUUCUUUCCUCCUCACCUCUCUCUCUUCUUUGUCAACUUCUAUUUCUUUCUCUCUCCUCAUUGCCUUCAAGCAAACCAAGAGAGGAAGGAAGAAGCAAGAAAGAGAUGUGUCCGUUAAGGCUGAUCCUCAUAUUCUUGUCGGCGACUCUUGCUGGGUUCUUUGUCCUCAAGAAGCUCAACAAUUCCUACGACGAUCCCCUCGCCGACCCUCUCACCGACGACGCUGAUCCCGCCGACUCUGACUCCAGAUUCUCAAAGGUGGGAAUGGCAAUGAAGACUGGAUUUUGGACAUGCGUUGACAUGGCUAGUGGCCGCUAUCUCUGGAACCAUCUCUGUUCCAAUUCCGACAGCUCUUCCUGAUUUUUCUUACUGUCUGUCUCUAUCUCUAUUGUCUGUAACUGUCUAGUUGUUUCAAUGGACAACACCAAAAUCGCAUAUAGUCAGUCCUCUGUACUAUAUUACAGAUCUCGUUUUCACCACUAAAUUCUGAGCCUUUUUCUCACUUUCUACCUCUCUUUGUAGCUAAAGUAUGUGUUGUUUGGACAAAUCUUGUUACUUCUUCCCUGUUAUAAUGUAAGAGCAAGCCAUUGAGAUCAAAACUAUAAUUAUAUGGCAGGAUGUUGUUACC